CUUUAUAGUUUCGUGACAUCGCCCUUUAUCUUAACAUUUUUUUAAACAAGUUACAAAACUUUAAUAACCGUGUGACAAAAAACAAUGUCUUAAAUGGGCUUGUUGAUGUUUGAAAAAUAAGCCAAUUAACAAAAUGUCAACCAGAUCGCAACUUACGAAAGAUUUAAACGAAUCGGUGAAAGCACUAUUGGGUAAACAUGUUAAGAUAUUAUUAAAAAAUGUUGUAAAACUGGAAACAAAACAAGAUAAGCAAGAAAAUCGUGUUCUGGUUUUUUCACCAUGCCGUUUGUUUCUCUUAACGGCCAAAGUGCCCACAAGAAUCGACUGCCAUUUUCAUUACUUAGAAAUAACAUCUAUAGAAUCCAAAAGAUCAAAUCAACUAUCUUUAAGCGUUGGAGAAAGAUAUUACAAUUUUACAACUACAGGAGCUGGUGCAGAUACUACAGAAGUAGAUGCAAUGAUCGAGGCCUUACAUACUGCAAUUAGAAAUAUCUUUCCCACUGUACCAUUAAAUUACAUUAUAAGAAAAAUAGAAGUAAUACCAGCUAGUAGACUGCAGAGUAUAAGAGGUAGUGAAUUAGCUAGAAGUACAGAAGCAACAAGACAUACAGGCCCCUGUGGGGGGUUUUCAACCCAAUAUGCAUGUAUGUGUGAUUUACAUGGUGUACCAUAUAGAGAAGAAGUAGCCUGGGAUGUUGAUACAAUAUACCUCUCUCAUGAUACAAGAGAGUUAAAUUUAAGAGAUUUUGAUCACUUGGAUCAAAAAGAUUUGGUGCCAAUCAUUUCUGCCUUGGAAUAUAAUACUUGGUUUACAAAAUUAAGGGCAUCUCAUCUAAAACUAAGUCAUGAACCUUUGGAAAGAUUGUUACAUGUUAUGCGUAGAUCCCUUUCCAUUCAGGAACUUUAUUUAGAUAAUCUUGGAAUCAAAUGGGAUUUUGCGCACAAAUUAUCGUUAGCUCUAAUUUCUAAUGCUAAUACAAUGUUACAGACUAUUGAUUUAUCAUAUAAUACCAUUGAGGACAAAGGAGCCUCUAGCUUGUGUGGGAUAAUAGCCAAGUUAAUGCAAGGAGGUGCACAUUUAAGUGGACCUGUUGGAAAAUUACCUAAAGGUUUACAAAAAUUAAACUUGGCACAUUGUGGAUUAACUGGAAAAGGAAUAAGUCAAAUUGCGCAUGCACUAAGUUUAAAUAGAAGCAUGCCAACUAGUUUACAAUAUUUGAAUCUUUCAGAAAAUUCUUUAAAAGAUGAUAUUAAUAAUUUAUGUAAUUUUUUGGCACAACCUAACAGCCUAACUCAUUUAGAUCUAAGUGGUACAGAUACAACAUUAGAAUGUUUGUUUGGUGCUUUAUUACGGGGUUGUGCAACUAAUCUAGUCCAUUUAAAUGUUGCUCGCAACUCUUUUUCAAGCAAAAAGACCAAAGAAAUACCUCCCAGUUUUAAGCAGUUCUUUACAGCUACACUUUCAUUAAAGUACUUAAAUAUAUCUUGUUGUAAAUUGCCGCUAGAAGCAUUAAAACAUUUGUUACUUGGUUUGGCAUGUAAUGAAAGUACAGUUGGCUUAGAACUUGAUAUGAGUGGAAACAAUUUAGGCUCCAUGGGUGCUCAUGUAUUGGAAUCAUGCAUUCAUGGUGUACGUUGCAUAGCAUCAUUGGAUAUUUCAGAUAGUAAUAUGGAUGUUGAUUUAGCACAAGUAGUAACUGCUAUAGGGAAAAAUAAAUCUAUCAAACAACUAUAUAUGGGUCGCAAUACUGUUAGCAUGAAAAGCAAACAUAUUGCUGUUGUAAUGGAUGCACUUGUCCAAAUGCUUCAAGAAGAUGAUUGUGUUUUGCAAGCAUUACAUUUACCAGAUUCUCGCUUGAAAUCUGAUCUCUACAAUCUUAUCAAUGCUCUUGGUAGUAAUACAUGUCUUCAUACUUUAGAUAUUAGUGGUAAUCAGAUUGGAGAUCCUGGUGCUAGGUUGUUGGCAAAAGCCCUACAAAUUAAUAAUCAUUUGCGGACCAUAAUUUAUGAUAAAAAUAAUAUUACUCUUCAAGGUUAUGCUGACAUUGUUCAUGCUUUAGAAAAAAAUUGUAGUGUAAGACAUAUGCCAUUCCCAAUUUAUGAUUUACAACCUUGUAUGAAAACUUCUGCUGAUAAAACUGAGCAAUUAGCUAAAAAAAUUCAAGAUUUAUUACAAAGAAAUGUCACACCGUGUAAAUAUAGUCACGGACAGGCAUUUAGAUUGCAACAAGGAUUUUUAUUAAGCUCUACACAACAAAUGGUCGAUAGAUUAGUUGUACAAACUCAAGAUACAAUUAAAGCUAUUGCUGCAGAAAGUUGUGAUUCUAAUAAUGACAUUAAUUAUGCAACUGGACUUAUACAAGAUGCAGAUAAUUCAAAGCAGCUUUUACCCAGAUUACAUGAAGUUCUACAACGACGAGAUGAAAAUAAUCCCAUCGAAUUAAAAUUACAUGAAAUGGCAAAUGAACUUCAUAAAGUUGUAACCAUAUAUUUACAGGAUUCCUUAGAUGCUAUGAUAAAAUGUGCAAAUGAACAAUGUCCUACAAUACUUUCACAAACGGUUAUUAGAGGCGACGAAAGUGAAUCAGUUGCAGUGGAAGAUGAUUUACGAAGUAGUUGUAAAGAAAAAAAUCAAAUUAGUAGUGAAUUCAUACAUACUACUAUUACCGAACAAGCUGGAGCAGAUAUAGUUAAUAGAGUCAAUGAAUUAAAUUUGGCAGUUGCUGCACAUGUAUCCGAUAGAAUAACAGAUGAAGUAAUUGAAUCAUUGUCAAGAAGCUAUAAAAACUUAAUUGGUGACUGUGAUAGUAGGACAAGAAGCAGUACGCCUGACGUAUUACGGCCUAGUGCUGGUUCAAUGAGUAGUGGAAGUGUUAUAGGAGUUACAAGCACUGUAGGCGUAUCUACAGCAUUACCUGUUGGUAGAACUAGUAUUGCCUCAGAAGAAGAUUGUCCACCAGAAACUUACUCACUUGUGAAUUCUAUUGGUCAAUGUUCCAGUGAUCAAUCUCCUAUGAAAUUGGAUUAUUUAAAUCUUGCUACGCCACAUUUAUCAAAUAAACGAAAAAGUCUCCACGGAAGGAAAUUGCGACCGAAAUCUGUAGUCGAUUCUGUGGAAGGUCUUUCAGCCGAUGACAUUCCAGAUUUGUUACCAUCAUUACCAAAAAGUCAAGCAGAAGCUAUUUCAGAAACAGAACAUUCUUUGACAGAAUCAUUAGAUUCUGUUUCUGAAUUACCUAAUACUGUAGGACAACAACUGCAACAUUUAGUAAAAUCUAGACCACGUAGAACAAAAACCAGAGCACCUACAAGGCCAAUGCUGAGACCUGAUCAACAAGUGGAUGGUCUUGCUCUUGGAGAAGGGCUUGAUGUGUUUUUCAGGCCAACUACACCAACAACACCUCUCAUAUCUCCUACUAGCGAUGAUAGUUCUUUGCAUACUUUUCCAACUGAUGGUAGUCCAAAUUUAUCUCUUACAAGUCACAAAAGUAUUCCACCUGAGAUGGACAAAAAACCUGGUUGUAGUUCUCCAAUGCUAAAAACACUUCUCGAACCUACACCACGAUCACGAUCUAGUGAUAAUUUAGAAAAAUUUUCUCCACUUGUUGGCAGAAGAUCUCAAGGUGAUUCACCAUUAACUGCUUCUCCAUUAACUCGACGAAAUACCACUGAUAAUGCUCAAAAUCAUGAACGAAUUGUUGCAAAAUCUGAUAGUAAUAAAGAUACAAGUAGUAAUGUAUAUAAUAGUUGUGUUAGUAAUUCCGCUGACACAUCUAAACGCAGUACAUUACCAAUUAUUGGUUCUGGAACAAGUACACGCAGUUUACGAGAUUCGGAUGAAAAUAAUAAAAUAUUACAACAAACAACAGCUAUAAAUUCCUCAGAUGCAAUGACUAUCUCUAAGGAUUAUGAAAACAGAAAAAGUUUAACAAAAAAAGCUGUAAUAGAAACGGAUAAGACUGCAAAUCAACCUUUGCCUUCUCUUAAAUUAAGAUCGACUGGUUUUGAUCUUCGUAGUCCAACAAAUGGUAGCAGUACAAAAAGUAAUUCAGAAUCAUCAAAAUCCCCAGUACUAAGGUCUUUAACCAAAGGGAAUAGUUCCAUCACAGAUGGAAAAAACAAUGGUGCUCUUUCAAAAAAUAAGCCUGUUCCACCUGUAACAGCUCCAAAGCCAAGACCUUGGAGUAUGGCUACCGAUAGAAAAUCUGGAGAAUUUAAUUUAUUAAGCGACGGUUCUAGUCCAAAUACUUCAGCAGGAAAUACACCUGAUUCUGGAGAUGCUCUUGAUGAAUCAACAGAUAGCGGUGUAAGUGGUCCUGCAUCAUUACCACCAACAUUAUCAGCAAGUAGUACUGCUAGUUCUUUAAGCAAUACAAGUGUAGAGAAACGAUCAGUGAGAGAAUUGGCAGCUAGUUUAAACAAAAGUAAAACAGAGAGGAAAGAAAAUGAACAUACCGCACCUGCAGCAUGGAGGUCGGUGCUUCAACGUUCUAUCAACCAACCAGAUAUCAAGGUAACGGAAGUGCCGAAAACGGUUGAAGAAAAUCGUAUAAGUUUUAAACUUCGACGUACUUCAUUUUUACGUGAUUCAAAUUUCAAUUACAAUAAUGACGUAGUUGAUGUUUGAUCGUGACUUAAUGCAGUAAUAAUUUACAAGUUAAUGUCAAUGACUGGAUGUUUAUCAAGAUAUCUUUCAAAGUAUUUUAUAUUGGGCACAAAAUAUAUACGAUGUGACACAUUUGUGCCAUAUAAAAUCAUAUGUAAAAACAAGUGCUAACAUAAUAUAUAAGGACAGGGUACUG